AUGACGGGUGGCGGCGCGGCGGCGGCGGCGUCGCAGGCGUACGGCGAGGCCUGGUACUGGGACGAGCGCUACCGCAAGGAGGCCGGGCCCUUCGACUGGUACCAGAAGUACCCGGCCCUCGCGCCGCUGCUCCGCCUCUACGUCGCGCCGCACCACCGCCUCCUCCUCGUCGGGUGCGGCAACUCCGUAUUUGGUGAAAACAUGAUCGAUGAUGGUUAUCAAGAUGUUGUCAACGUCGAUAUAUCUUCUGUGGUAAUUGAGCAAAUGAAGAAGAAAUACCACGAUAAGCCUCAACUUAAAUACAUGAAGAUGGAUGUAAAGAACAUGUCAGAUUUUGAGUCUGGUUCAUUUGAUGCUGUUAUUGACAAAGGAACACUAGAUUCUCUUAUGUGUGGCCAAAAUUCCCAAGAGAAUGCAACGAAGAUGCUAGAGGAGGUCAACAGAAUCCUCAAGGAAAAUGGUGUCUACACGCUGAUCACUUAUGGGGAUCCAAGUUACCGCUUGCGUCUCUUGAAGGACAUGGAAAAUUGGACAGUAAAGCUCCAUGUCAUAGAAAGAUGGGAGAAAAGUUCGAAUCAGAACAAAUGGGAACUGACAAAACCAUUGCCUUUAGAUGACGAUAGCACAUCAGUAGUUGCACUUCUUGGCCCGAAACCUGAUGUCCACUACAUCUAUGUCUGUGUAAAGGGCAACGGUGGCGCAAGUGCUGGUUCUAAAGUUGGAGAAGCUGCCAAUUGA